AACUGUGCGCGGUAUGCUUCUUCUACACGCAUGUGAUCAUGUGUCAGCAAGCCACUCAUGCUCAAAGCAGUCAGAACCCACUUAUAAUCAGAACAGAGACCAGCUGAAAGGCUCCCCACCACCAUAUCAACAUGGAUUGCGGAAUUGUUACAUCGAAAAUAGUCAUUUUGCUUCUAAGUUUAAUAUUUUGGGCUGCAGGGGGUGCCCUUGUCUAUGUAGGCUCUUAUGUGAUCAAGAGCUACAGCAACUUUGACAACUUCCUGCAGGAUAAGUACACGUUCAUCUCGGCAGGCAUCAUCAUACCUGUGGGAGUGGUGAUGUUCAUCAUCGGGACUGUGGGCUGCUACGCCACCCUGAGAGAAUCCAAAGUGGGCCUUAGCUUUUUCCUGCUGGUUAUCCUGGCUAUCUUUGCAGCAGAGGUCACUGCUCUAGUGUAUGGGAUCAUCUACCAAAGAAGGAUAAAAGGGGACUUGGAGCGGUCAAUGAGUGAUGUGUUCCUGAAGUAUGAUGGUCAGAACUCUGACACCCAGGCUGUGGAUUACUUGCAGUCUCAGUUGCAGUGCUGUGGAGUGCAGACCUACCUGAACUGGACCACCAACCCCUGGUUCAGCAGCAUUAACAACGCUGUGCCCGUCUCCUGUUGUAAAGGGAACAACACCGAGUGUACAGGCAAACUGGACCAGCUAGACCUGCUCAAUACCCGGGGUUGUGAGGGUAUGCUAGAACAGCUCCUUCAGGAUGUGAUGAGUUAUGCCUUGCUGGUCAUCCUUGGAUUUGCCAUCUUCAAGAUUUUCGGGACACUCAGUGUGUGUGUGAUCACGUGUAAAGUCAGGCGAGGUGGCUACCAGUCCCUGGAUGCCUGAUCCUGUUGGCUUGAAGUAUACUUGAGGCUUGUCUUGCACUCUCUCCUGGCCCCUGACUCCUCUCCCCUUUCUCCAGCACUGAGACUAUAGAGCCUUAGGACUUAUGUUCCCCACUCCAAGAUUUUAGCAACCUUUCAGGAACAUUCUUACAGUUUUCAUUCAGCAUUCCUAUGUAGUUGUCAGCCCACCAAACGUUGGGCAAACCACUGUCAACAUUUGAAGCAUUGGAAACCACAAGAUGCCUUUUUUAAAGAUAGUUGCAAAUAGGAAUUACCACUCAAACUUUUAAACAAUGGAAGUUGGUUUUGUAAUUUCCUGCUGUGCAUACUGAAAAAAAUAAGAAAGGGUUUGCUCAGUGACAUAUCAGUAUAUGGGGUACACUCAAUUUUAAAGAGGCAAUCUGGGACUCAAACAAUGUAACCAUUCUCAAAUUCAUAGACGGAUCUAUGGAUACAGAGACUAACCAUAUAUUAGAUCAAAAUGAAUGUUUUCCUUAAAAAUAAAAAAGUGGUACAGUGUUUGUUUACAAUCAUUGUUUACAAACAAUGGAGUAAAAGGCUUAUAUUUUGGGUUCUGAUGGGUAAGACAGUUUAACUAAGCUCAUGAGGCUUUUAAGUAAUAUUUUUCAAUAAUCAAUUGCUAUAUAUCAUUAAUUUGUUGACCAAAAAUGUAUGUGCCACUCCCAGAUUGCCCCUUUUUUUAAGGCUUGAAAUUGUUAUGUUGAAACGGCCAAGGACGUUAAGACUUCAACACAUCAGGGUAGUAGGCUCUGUUUAAUCAAGACUGGAUUGUCUUGGAUAUACAGUAUUAUUACGUUACGUAAGGACUGUCAAGAUUAUUUGGGAAAUUAUUUGAUAAAACUAAGGGACAGUUUGAAAUGUACUAGAGGGGGGGGGGGUGUCAUAAAGAAAAUGCACCCCCCUCCACAAAGUAAAAAUAUUUUCAAAUGACCUUCCUCUUGUACUGUGUAAAAAAAAAUAAAAAAUUGCACACUCUGCCCACUCAGAGUUAACUCAAUAAUGUUUAUGACCACAUAAUAACUGUAGUGACCCUGUGUUUAUAAGCGUGGAUAUUGACUUUGCCACUUCAGCAUGCUUUUGUGGCACUGUCGAUGCCACACAGGGCUACAGGCCUUGAAGGUUGAGUGUUUGUCGACCAACACUGACUAGCUCCCUGCCUGUUUCAUUAGGGCUUACACUAUGAUCGGAGCCGGCUGCAGGCCAUGAUCAACAAGAGGAAUCUUUUUUUUUUUUUACAUUUUGAUGUCAUAUUUCUCAUUAUAUUAAAAUGGAAUGAAUUUUCCACCGACAGGUUUCUGUGCCAAUGCACCACACAACCAAUAAACAAAGCAUACCGACUUUGGGCAUUUCAGUAUCAUGGUUUGCAUUUUCAACACCGCAGUAAAUACUGUCAAUCUCGACGAACAGAAAAUAAAUCCCUCCCUACCUUGUAGGCCUAUGGAGAAUCAAAAAGUUGGCUUGACAAUCUCAGAAUGUCAUUAAACAUUUUGGCGUUUUGUAACAUGUCUCUUUCCAUUCAUCAAUUGGCUGUUGCACAUUUUGGAUUAAUUGAUUUUAUUUGGUAGUAAAGAAGUGACCCGGGUUGCAAUGUGGUUCCUAUUUUCACAUAACUACAUUACAUAGAUGCAGGCAAAAGGUUAUACUUUUCACACAUUAGCCAGCUUUUUUGACAUUUUUUUUAGAAGUGUUUAUUGUUGGUAUGGCUUUGAGUUGCUGUGGUAUUUUGUUCCACUCAAUAACGCCGGUAUAUUAAAAAGUGUUCUCGCUAGAUAAGACUUUUAGAUUUAAAACAAUGAAUAUUAGAGUGUCCGGCUCUGGUAUUAUGCUGGUGGACAUAUCUAACAAAUGAAAAAUGUGGUACCUGGGGAAGAGUCUGUGAUAAUUGGUCCAGACUGUGGUCGCCCUCAAAAUAAUCACAGCCAGCCUGCUUAAAAUGCUUGACCUCCAGAUGAGUAUGAGAGGGGGGGGGGGGGUUAAGUACAAUUCUUACAAGGCUGUUUGCCACUGGAGUAGUGCACUUGCCAGAGUCUAGGGUGUCAAUUCCAUCCAAUUGGGGAAAGAUUUUUCUAAAAUCUGCAUUAAAAACAAUAUGUGCAUUUUCACAUCAGAGUUGUUUUUCUAUCUAAUUGACUUGUUGCUGAUAAGUCUUUGCGUAAAUACGUAGUGCACGUAACAAAUAAAUGUUGCGGUUAAAUUCCCAUGUACCAAAAUAAAAAACUACAAGUUAAA